UAAAAAAUGAAACCAGCUUUAGUUGCCGACGAAAUGUUCCCUGAAGGUGCUGGUGCGUACAUGGAUCUUGAAGAGGCUGGGGGAACAUCCGGACUACUGAUGGAUUUAACUGCCAAUGAUAAAGCUGUACACGCUGACUUCUUUAACGAUUUCAUCGACCUUUAUGAUGAUGACGAUCUACAGUGAUAUCAUUUCAGUAUGUUAUUGAUUCACAUCUCUGCUUACUUCAAAUGGAGUUUUUUCUGAAUUGUACUGAUUUAUAUAUUUAAAUUAA